AUGGAAACCAUCAUGCAAAAACUCAUUGGCUAUCUCCGGAUGAUGAAGACCUCCUUAGCCAACCUCCAACAAACAUACACAACAGUCAACACAGACAUGCAAACACUAUUACACGACGUUCCAGAAGAACUGCCAUACAAGGAGCUCACAGUCGCUACCCACGUCAUUGCCGACCUUGACAACAUAACCGUGCUAAUGCUCGAUAUGUUCGGGAUGAUGCAGGAAAACAUUUCGGAAGCAAUCGAUGUGUGUAACAAAAUCCCGCACAACCAUCAGACACCGUGA